CGGAAGGGAGAGGAACCUCCCUGCGUGGCGCGAGUUUCCGGAGGGGCCAGCGGGGCCUGGUCCCUGUCCGCAGGCGGAGAGCCCCCCAGCGACGCCCAUGCCGGGGUUCGAGCUAGCGCCCGCGGACGGGGGCUGCCCGGUGGCGCUGCAGCCCGGCCAGACAGUGCUGGGAAGAGGCCCCCUGCUGGGAAUUACAGAUAAGAGAGUAUCCCGAAAACAUGCCACAUUGGAAGUGGUGGGUGACCAGCUUCGCAUCAAACCGGUCCAUGUAAAUCCUUGUUUUUAUCAAUCACCCGAGAAUAGCCAUCUAUUACCAUUGGAAACAGAUGAAUGGCACUCUUUGAGCCCAGGUGACAGCUUUUCCCUGUUAAUAGACAAAUACAUUUUCAAGGUCCUCUCUACACACUCAGAUGUGGAAAGCACACUAAGGAAAAAUAGCAAGAUUGCUGCAGAUGAAACAGCAAAUAAAUCCUCUUCAAGUGGUCAUCCUAUCAAGAUGUCUUGUGAUCCAUCUUUAGGAGAAUUAACUUCAUGUUCCAAUGACAACAUACAAGUGAAAGCACAUUCUCUAUUGGAAAGGACAGCAGAAAUUCCAAAAAAUGAGACUUCUUCCAAGAGUUCGUUGUUUUCUGCUAGUUGUAAUGAAAGUGAGGAGCUAAAGCCUGUCUGGAGGAAAAGAAUGCUUCCAUCUUGGAUGUUGCAAGGAGACCUCAUCGUUCAAAGUCUUUCAGCUCCAGUCCCUAAAAGAGGUGGUGGAGUAACAAGAGGCAGAGGGAGAGGAAAAAGCGAUAUGGAACCAUCAAAGUCAAGAGCAAAUGUGCAGGGGAGAAAACGGUUAGCUUCUGAAGAGCAUUUAGGGGAUUUCAAAGAGAUGGCACAGGAUCAGGGAAAAAAGAGCAAAACUACUGAAGAGGAAGCUACUGUCCCCCCAUCACGGCAAAAGAUUGAAAGUUCUGUGGAGAAAAGUGAUUGUCAGCUCCACAGCAAGAGGUCUGAACACAGGCUAGAUGCAAAAAGCCAGCUCUCCACUGACACAAAUAAAAUGAAUAAAAGGGAAAACAACGAUGAGGUUAUCCAUUCUGCAAGCCAACAGAUUCACCAGGACAAGCCAUCCCACUCUCAUGUUCCCCUAGCUGAGACUCAAGAGCUUGAUUUAAAUCAGGAUCCUGAAGCUGAAGAAUUUAACUCAGCCAGAAGCACAGAUGCUCUACAGAGUUCUAAACAAACCAAGCAGAACAGGGCACCCUGCAUGUAUGGGUCAGGUUGCUACAGGAAGAAUCCACUUCAUUUUCAGCAGUUCAGUCACCCUGGUGACUGCGAUUAUCAUGACGUGGAGGUUGUAAGUCAAGAUGACGAUGACAGGCCUGAAUGUCCAUAUGGAACUACUUGUUAUAGAAAGAAUCCACAGCACAAGCUUGAAUACAAGCACACUGCACCUCCAGAAACUGAAACAAGAAGAACUAGACAGAAAACUACUAAAAGAGGAAAAAGUGUUUUGGAGGAGGACAGCGAUAAUGAUGGUGAACCGAAUGAAUAUGACCUGAAUGACAGCUUUCUAGAUGACGAGGAGAAAGAGGAGUAUGACCCUACUGAUGAAGAUUCCGAUUGGGAGCCAGAUCCUGAAGACAAAGAUAAUGAAGAUGUUGAAACACUUUUGAAAGAAGCACAAACAUUUAUUAAAACCAAAAAGUAGUUUUGUCCAAAUGAUGUGAAGUACUUACAACGUACCUGUUUACAGGAUUGCUGGGGGUUUGGGGAAUGACUUUGAAAGCCAACUUUACCCAUGCUUGAGACACUACAAACAAGGAUUUUUAAUGAGGAAAAAAUGAGCAACAGCUUCCUUUUCUUUUGAUGCACAUUGUUUUGCCUUCGAUUUUUUAGCUGAUGAAGUCAAAUCAUAAAGUCUGGGAUUAUAUUGUGGUUUAAUUGAAGAUUUUUUUAAAAAAAGUCUCUUUUCUGAGUCUUUUCCAACUUCUUCACAGCUCAUAUUGUCAGAGGGAGGAUUAAUGGAUUGGAAUGUAGCUAUUAACAUUCCUCAUGAAUAUCUUUCUAUGCUUGCAAAAAAAGUAAGGAUUGUAGACCUACCUUAGGGAGGUGUAUAGUUUUGCUAAGGUGUAAUAUAUUCCAUGCUAAAUAAAGAAAAAGUAACAUUGCACAACUUUUUUUUAUGGCAGAUCAAAUCAUUCUCAGUUCAAUAGGGAGUCUUUGUUCAACCAGUUAUUUUGAUUAGUUUGUUAUUCAGCUAUCCUACACUGUCAUAUUAAGUUUUAACAGGCUGUUAAUAGUGGAUGUCUUCACCUUAUAAUUGCACUUAUUUCUUUGACAUUCCUGGUGUAAAUUGCUAAUUUUGAAAACUGUCUAAAUAACUUGGGGAAAACACAUUUUUUAAAAUUUAUGCUAAAUUUCAAAUUAUGUCCCCAAAUCAAUUCUAGUACAUCUUUUUUUCCAGUCAGUGUACAUUGAUGAUACUUUCAAUUUAUAUUGAAAUUGAAACCUUAAUGGCUGGUUCUACAAACUGAUUUUAAAUUAUGCUGAGCUUAUUUAAGUGAAGCUUGUAGUUUGUUUGCCUAAUGCUUCCCAUUAAGGCCCUGUUUUCAAUUGGCUUUUAACUUUCCCUAACUUUUAACCUUUUCAGACUGAAUGUUUUUGGAAAGUUUCAGCAAAAAUGGUUUAGCCGUUACCGAAUACAAGGUUAGGAGAAAACACAUUGUUUUGCCUGGAUUUAAAAAAUAUCUUAAAACCAUUUUGUUGAGAAGAUCUAGCACAUCCAUGCUUUGGAGCACGGAUUUGAAAUUUAGCAGAGGGGGGUCUCCCUGGUUUCAGGGAUAUGCCUUUUGCUGUCCCUGUGAAAAUCUGCCCAGAUUUAGUAAAGACCCUCCAAACAUCACACUUUGCACAUGCUCACUAGAAGCUCGUUAGAGUUUGGCAGCUGACUUCUCUGAAGAUUGCGUCUAUACUGAGUAUGCUCCAUCCCCUCACAGCUCCUGCAUUUGAUCAGGCUGCGCAAGCACCAUCACCGCAGAAUGACUGAGCAUGCUCUUCUCCAGGGGCUCUGUAGCACUUUCUCUGCAGUUUUUUCUCCCAGAGGCCAUGGGUCACUGUGGUGCUGGGUACAGGAACUGAGAGCAGUGAUCUUCCUGCUCACAGUGAUCUUCCUGGUGAUGCCUAGGCAGUGAGGAGGAGGAGGAAGGGACUUGAUUGGAAUUCUGAGGGGUGAGGCGCAAAGGGCGUUGGGGGGCAGCAUUGUGGAGGUCAACAUGGUUCCAUAUGUUAGGAUUGUUUUUUGUUUCCUUUUUUUUAAAAAUGAAGCUAUGACAGAGGAAAAAAUAGCAUGUGAUCAUGUAAUUAAAGAUUGUAUCAUAGCAUGUAUGCACAAGGAGGCUGAAUUAAGGUGGUGUGGGCAUUCUUUAUGCAGGCAUUUACUAACUUUUGAAGGCUUGACUUUGCAAAUAUAACAUUCUUGUAACAUCAGGGAGUUUUGUAUGUAAUAGUACGUAUACUGGCUUGUAUCUCCCUGUCUGCAAAGGCACUAACAGUUGUCAGAAAUGUUCUCAGGCAUUAAGAUUUGUAAUUUGACAAUUAUUUAAUUUUUUGAAAGGGCUUCAGAGAAGGGGUUCAAACAACCUGCUAGUGUCUAAAUCUGUAUUGAGCUGUAUUUGGGAGCAAUAUAAUAUUUUCAAAAAUUGUGCAUCAGAAAUCUGGCUCAGACUUUUGAAGUAUGAAUGAUCACUCAUGAGCUUGUUCUGCAUGUUGAGAAUAUGGGAAUAAUUUGUUUACUGUCAGAGUUGUUUCACUUGAAAAUAA